AUGGAAUACGACGACUACGACCAAAGCUUCGCCUCAGCACCCGUAAGAUACGCCCUUGAUGAUCAUGAUAGUGAUGAAGAGAACGAAGCCUGUGCUCAAAUCAGCAAGGUGACUGUACAGACCAAUUUGACCAUCGAUAGCAAGAUCAUUGAGGAUGGUAAAUGGACCUUGAUUUUUGGUCUAAAUGGACCUGGUAGUGUAUACCUCAACUCGCUUGAGGAUGUCAAAGUUACGGCUGUAGGUACAAUAGUCCGCUUGUUUGAUAAUGAGGAUCCUAGAACUAAGGCCAGCAUCUUUCAAGUGGAUAACCAUCCUGUCAUGUUGAUUCCUUUUACCAAGGAGAUUCAAGCUGAGGAUGCUGCUCCCUACACAAAGGCUGUUUUCAAUUUGUUCGAGGGAAAGGUGGACAGGGUGAUUGUUUUGGAUGCAUUUACAGCCACAGGAUAUACAUCAGAAACCUGGAAUCAAGAUAUGGUGCCUCCUUUAUUGCGCGUUUUGCAAACCUCUUCUGCUCCUGUCAUGAAAGAGCUGCCUCUCUUCGAGAUCCCUAAUAUGAUCAAGGCAUUAGCAGCUUCCAUAGUCAAUUACUGCGAGAUGUAUUCAAUUCCCUGUUAUGAUUUCCUUACACUUCAGGAAUCCAUCUAUGGUAAAUUGCUCGUUAAUGAAGAGACACUGGAAGCCUACAGCCAAGGAUUCCAUCAUUUGGGAUUAGAUUUCAAAUUCAAUGGGCAAACUAUGGAGCAGGUCCUGAGCGAUGUUCACACUGGUCGAGUAGAUGACAAUCACCAUCGCUUAUAUCUCUAA